AUGUUGGGAACAUUGACUAAGGUGGCCACGGUAGCAUGUGCAAGGAUUGGUCUAAGGAUUGGCCAGGCAAACGGGGUUCAUGGCGGAAGCUACCUGGGUAAUUUCGCCCAGCUUCCCAUCCAUGCCCGCUCCUUGCACGCAUCCUCGUCGCUUUGGGAUGAUAAGGACAAGUCGAGCGAUGAGUGCGAGCCGAAGAAGGACGAAUGUGAGGUUAAGGAGAAGGACGAGUGUGAGGUUAAGGCGAAGGAUGAAUGUGAGGAUGAGAAGCCGGGCGGCGGAGGCAAAGUUCUGGAGAGCAAGGGUCGCAAGGGAGUCAUCCAUGCUGUCAUCGGACCCGUCAUCGAUGUGUACUUCGAGGAGGAGGUCCCUGAGGUGCUCAAUGCCCUCAAGGUUCAGGAUGCUCCCAUUGACAACCUGGUGCUGGAGGUCUUCCACCACCUGGGCAACAAUAUCGUCCGCUGCGUGGCCAUGGACUCCACCGAAGGCCUCCGACGUGGUCAACCGGUCAUCGACACCGGCUAUCCCAUCCGUGUGGCGGUGGGCAAGUCGGUCCUGGGGCGCAUCCUCAACGUGGUGGGCGAUCCCAUCGACGAUCGCGGGGAGAUUAAGUCCGAUUACUACUCCUUUAUCCACAACGAGGCACCCGAGCUCACCGAUCUGAGCGUGAAGCCCGAGAUCCUCGUGACUGGGAUCAAGGUGAUCGAUCUUCUAGCUCCCUACGUGAAGGGCGGCAAGAUUGGUUUGUUCGGAGGCGCCGGCGUGGGCAAGACGGUGCUGAUCAUGGAGCUGAUCAACAACAUAGCCAAGUCCCAUGGCGGCUACUCGGUGUUCGUGGGCGCAGGAGAGCGGACACGCGAGGGGAAUGACUUGUACCACGAAAUGAUCGAGUCGAAGGUGAUUUCCACGGAGGAUGAUUCCUCGAAGGUGGUGCUGGUCUUUGGCCAGAUGAACGAGCCACCGGGCGCUCGAUCCCGCGUGGUCCUCACCGGACUGACCAUCGCCGAGUAUUUCCGCGAUGUGGAUGGCCAGGAUGUGCUGCUCUUCAUCGAUAACAUCUUCCGUUUCACCCAGGCGGGAUCGGAGGUGUCUGCCCUGCUGGGACGCAUUCCCUCGGCGGUGGGUUAUCAGCCCACUCUGGGCACCGAUAUGGGCACCAUGCAGGAGCGGAUCACCAGCACUCGCAAUGGUUCCAUCACCUCCGUUCAGGCGGUCUAUGUGCCCGCCGAUGAUCUCAGUGACCCGGCUCCGGCGGCCACCUUUUCCCACUUGGAUGCGACCACUGUACUUUCACGUCCCAUCGCCGAGUUGGGUAUUUAUCCGGCCGUGGAUCCCUUGGACUCCUCCUCGCGCAUCCUCGAUCCGGAUGUGGUGGGCGAGGAGCACUACAAUGUGGCGCGAGCGGUUCAGAAGACCUUGCAGGCCUACAAGUCGCUGCAGGACAUCAUCGCCAUUCUGGGCAUGGAUGAACUGUCCGAAGAUGAUAAGCUAACGGUGGCCCGGGCCCGCAAGAUGCAGCGCUUCCUGUCGCAGCCGUUCCAAGUGGCCGAGAUCUUCACCGGUCAUCCGGGCAAGUUGGUGCCGGUGGAGAAGUGUGUGGAGGGCUUUAAGAGGCUGCUAAAUGGGGAGUACGAUGAUAUUCCCGAGAUCGCCUUCUACAUGGUCGGCGAUGCGGAGGAGGUGCUGGCCAAGGCCACCCAGCUGGCCGCCACCAUGUCGGGCGAUGCUCCUCCUCCACCGAAGGCCGAGGGCGGCAAGGAGAAGGAAAAGGAAAAGGAGGGUGAGUCCAAGAAGGAUGAAAAGGAGAAAAAGGAGGCCAAGCCGGAGGAGGCCAAGAAGGAGGAACCGCCCAAGGGGGAAGGGUCAAAGGAUGAUAAGUCAAAGGAUGACAAGUCGAAGGAUGAGGAAAAGAAGGACAAAUAAAUUCGAAUGGUGAUU